AUGAACUCGCUCCACCGCUUCCUCCCACGCGACGACGGCGUCGGUGGCAACUCGACCGACUGCCCCAGCGACAGCUAUGUCUCGCCCGGCAACAAGGACACCCAGGUCCAGGCCGUCAUCUCGUUUGGCCUUGGCAUCGUUGCUCUGUUUGGCUUCUGCCUGAUGCGUCCGCGAUGGAAGUCGCUGUAUGACGCACGCCGUCGGCGGCACCCCGAUCUCGUGUCUGCGCUGCCCGUUCUCCCGGACUCGUUUUUCGGCUGGCUGCCGGCGCUGCUGCGCAUAUCAGAGGACCAGGUGCUGGCAUCGGCGGGCCUCGAUGCCUUUGUGUUCCUGGCCUUCUUCAAGAUGAGCAUCAAGCUGUUUGCCAUUAUGUUCUUCUUCGCCGCCGUCGUGCUCGAGCCGAUCAACCAGCACUUCCUUUCCAAGCCCAAGACGCAGUCUGGGUCCCUCGGCGGCAUUUUCGACGUCCCCAAUCCGGUCGCCUCCAGCUACGGAGCCGUCGUCGACGACCCGGACGAGGACGACUCGUGGAACCGCGAAAAGGGCCACCUCUGGGCCUACCUCGUUUUCAUCUACUUCUUUACCGGCCUCACCUACUACUUCAUGCGGUCCGAGACCUUCCGCGUCAUCAAGGUCCGCCAGGAGUAUCUCGGCUCCCAGGCCACCAUCACCGACCGCACGUUCCGGCUGUCGGGCAUUCCGAGCGAGUUUCGUGCCGAGGACAAGAUCAAGGCCCUCAUCGAGAAGCUCGAGAUUGGACGCGUGGAGAGCGUGACCUUGUGCCGCAAAUGGGGCCCGCUCGAUGCCCUCGUUGCGGAGCGUGGAAGAGUCCUCCAGAAGCUCGAGGAGACAUGGAGCGUCUACCUUGCGCAGCCGGUAGCGAAGAUCCAGUGGCGGCGGCAGCGGCCGCGGCGGCAACAACAGGCGGCCAGCCAGGCCGGGAAUCAAAACGACGUGGCAGAGAUCGACGAAGAAGCGGCCCUGGGCGGGAGAGAAAAUGCAGAGAUUCCGGCCAACGAGGGCGACAGUCUUCUCCCGGAAAACGGUGAAAACGACGACGACGACGACGACAACGGUGAUGCCAAUGACGACAUUGCCACCGAUGCCGCCCGGGCAGCGCUCGAACGGAAUCGUCCGCAAGUCCGCAUCUGGUACGGCCCUCUCCGUAUGCGCUACCGAUACACUGACGCGAUCGACUACUACGAGGAGCGCCUGCGCCGCCUCGACGAGAAGAUUCGUGCUGCUCGCCGCCAGCACUACGACGCCACCGAUCUGGCCUUUGUCACAAUGGACUCCGUGGCCGCGUGCCAGAUGGCCAUCCAGGCCGUGCUUGACCCGCGGCCCGGUGAGCUGCUCGCUCGUUUCGCGCCCGCGCCGUCUGACGUCAUCUGGCCCAACACCUACGCCUCCCGCACGGUCCGUCGCUCGCGCGCCUGGAUCAUUACCAUCUUCAUCACCGUGCUCUCCAUUGUAUGGCUGAUCCCCGUUGCCUCCCUCGCGUCGCUUCUCAGUCUCUGCACCAUCCAGAAGUGGGCACCGAAGCUGGCCGAGCAGCUGUCGCAGCAUGACGUGACCAAGGCACUGGUGCAGACUGGUCUGCCAACGGCCGUCGUCUCGCUGCUCAACGUGGCCGUGCCCUACCUGUACGAGUACCUGUCCAACCGCCAGGGCAUGCUGAGCCAGGGCGACGUCGAGCUGUCCCUGAUUUCCAAGAACUUCUUCUUCACCUUCUUCAACAUUUUCCUCGUCUUCACCGUCUUCGGCACCGCCACGCGCUUCUGGACCGUGCUCCGGGACAGCCUGCACGACACCACGUACGUCGCCUAUGCGCUGGCACGCGAGGUGCAGCGCCUCAAUGUAUUCUACCUCAACUUCGUCAUGCUGCAGGCCCUUGGCCUGUUCCCGCUGCGCCUUCUCGAGUUCGGCUCCGUUGCCCAGUACCCAAUCAACCGCUUGGGCGCCAAGACGCCGCGCGACCGUGCCCAGAUCAGCACGCCGCCCAUCUUUUCGUACGGCUUCUUCCUGCCGACCGCGCUGCUUGUGUUUAUCCUGUGCCUCGUCUACAGCGUCAUGCCGCGGGGCUUUCUGGUUCUCCUAUUGGGCUUUGUGUACUUUGUGCUUGGCUACACCACCUACAAGUACCAGCUGCUGUACGCCAUGGACCAGCCGCAGCACGCGACCGGCGGUGCCUGGCGCAUCAUCUGCUACCGCAUUCUGCUGGGCCUUGCCGUCUUCCACCUCACCAUGUCGGGGUACCUCGGCGCCAACAAGGCGUACGUCCAGGCGACGCUGGUGCUCCCGCUCUUCUUCUUCACGGUGUGGUACAUGUACUUCUGGCGGGGCCACUUUGAGCCCCUGACACACAACAUCGCGCUGCUUAGCGUUCGGCGCGACGGCGAUGCGUCGCCGCUGAGCGACGAGGAUGUGCACAACGGCCUCGGCAACCAGACCUUUGCACGACGCCGCCGGACCUGGCGCCGCCGCCGCACGAGCACCCUCGACGAGAACCGCGACAGGGGCUCGCGCUUCGUCAACCCCAGCUUGGUUGUGCCGCUCGUGCAGCCGUGGAUCUACAAGGACCCGCCGCCCUACGAGCCGCACCCCGACGAUGAGGUGUUUGUCAAUGGCGACAGCGAUGACGCAGAUGCCGACGACGACAACAUCAACUACAUAGAUGGCAUCCUCCGUGGAGGUGGAGGUGGAGGCCCUGACGCGCCUGGGCCGUCGGGUCUGUCGCAGCCCUCCGCAGCCAACGGAGAGGAUUCGUCCCGCAGCCGCCGCAGCGCGUCCAGCUCGUUUAGUCUAGGCGACACACACAUCUGGCGUGAUGCCAAUACGCCCCCGUCGGGCGGCGAGGCUGCAAGUGGCACUGUUAAUAACUCAUAG